GCAGAGUUAUAUCAUGGGGAAUAUAAUUGGUGUUAUAAAGGGACGUACCUAUACAGCAACACAUGUAGCCAACCAUUACAGUAAGACCGUUUUUGCUAGGGUCGAUUCUACGAAGAGAAAAGUAGACACCGGACAGAGCCAAGACGGAGCUCGCGGAGGUGAUUGCAGUGGAACUGUCCAAGAGUGGAAAAAUUCUGAAUUUAUCCAAAUCCCCACCGAUGAGUUCAGAGCGUUUCAUCCAAAUACGCAUGGUAAAAGGAACGUGGUUUACAUCAGUAUCGUUGAUGAAAAUGGCAAUUGGCUAUGUGAUAAUUUGUCCAAAAAAGAAGACAAAAGCGUAAUUGUCGAUAAAGAAGGCAGAAUAAGGGAUGCCGUUUACGGGACUGUUCAUAAAUACGAGUGGUAACGGAUUGCCCUUAUCUCUAUUAUUGGUAUCUACUAUAACAAUUCGGACAUGCUUUUUUCAAUUGAAGAUUCCUUAUAAUACACUUAAUGAAGGAUGUUUUUAAGAAUUGAAAAAUAUCUCUUUAUCCAGAGAUAAAAAUUUAUCGGACAUCUUCAUGAUCGAUUGAAGUGAUAAGGGAAAGGACGUGUUAGAUUUUAACCAGUUGUGUCUAACUCGGAUACUUGCUGGGAACAAUAUUCAUUGUCAUGCUGCUGAUAGACAUACAGUAUGUCCGGAUCCCAUGUUUUACUUUGACACGUCACCAAUUCAAAUAUCAUAUCAAAUAUUAAUGAAAACUUGAAUUGAAUCUUUUGUGAUGUUUGACACAAGCUUAAUUUAGAAAUUGUUUUUUAAAUUCUGACCUUCUAUGGCGUCUCUGAUAUUUACUUUCUGUUCGAGAGAUACAUUUCAUCAGCUACACAAAGAGAUUAGAACGAGAAAUCGAAAUAUCAGGGGUUAGGAACAGAAGGACAUUGGAUUGCAC